AUAAAUUUUUAUUUAUUAAUUGUGAUAGUUCUUCAGAUAUAAAAUGCACUACUGUAAUUAUUCAGUAUUACUGAUAAGCAACAACAUUACAAGGCAGUAUGGUCAGCAAUGCUAUUCUCUGCAACAAUCAUUAUGUCACUGUUCCUAAAUAUGUAGAGCGAAUGUCUAAUAUCCAUACAGGAAAACAAAAGUUCAGGUGGAAUGUCAGCACCUGUAUUGGGCUGAAUGUGGAAUGUUGCAUGAAAAUCACUGAAAUUCAACAGAUUCAUCUUGAUGAGCACAAGCUAAUAUACUGCAGUAGAAAAGUAAGAAGGAAGGGUGAGUGGGUAUAUAUCCAAAAAUUGGAGCUGAUUCCUGGCCUUCCCGAUUAAUGAAUAUAGUGUUGAACAGCUCUUUCAAUGCUGUGCCACAUUGGUGCUCAGGAAGCACACAAGCUCGUAGUGGUGACAGUGUACAGGCCACCAUCAAGAAGAAUGUUAUGUAUCUGGUGCCACUUUCAGUAAGGUUGUGAAGACUUAACUGGUGAAUCCUCAUUCUCUUUGUUUCUCCUUCGUCCCGGUGUGUUCCUGAAGGCUGAAGGCUGGCCCAUUCAUGAGACACAUUACAGGUGACAAGGUAAUGCAUAAUUCCCAGCUCCUGGUCAACAGGUAGGGUUCGCACAUACACUCUGAUACAGUCCAUGCCUAGAGAGGGGUAACUGCCUAAGCUGUUACCUUCCGAAAUCCCAAUUGGUCCCUCUGUCAGGAGUUUGGGAGGUGUGACCUGAGGUGUGAACAGUCAUUUACGGUGGGUGAAUCCCCCCUCUGAGUGUGCGCCCCCCCCCCCCCCCCCAGUUGGAAGGAGCAUGCCAUUGUAGAUGUUGGCAAUCAUGGAGUUUUUUUUUUGCAGUGGCUCACCAUCUUAGUGCAUGUCUACUAAACAUAAACAGAAUGAGGCUAAAGAUUUGAAGACCCUCCCAACUGCGCCUCGGUUCCUCAUGGUAUCAUGUACUGCAGGUGGUCUGUCCUUUGCUACAAUUAAUGUGUGCAUUACUGUGAAAGGUGGUGUUGCAGUUGUAGGCCCUGUGACAUCCUAUUCUCAUGUAUGUAAUGCAACUUUGCUUCUGAAGACGUAUUGUGAUUCUCAAGCUCAACUGCUUACAGCAUCACAUAUCCAGAGCUAUCCCGUUCGUGUGGAGAACCAUCUUACACUGAACUCUUCACAUGGUGUUCUUUACAUUCUGAUGCUUGAUGGCCUCACUGAGGGAGAAGUCCACAGUCAUCUUUCUCAUCAUGGCAUCACUGCAGCCCAUUGAGUAAUGAAAAAGAUGGAUGCAAACUUAAUGCCCACAUGCAUUCUUUUUCUACCGUUUGCUCGAGUAUUGUUUGCCUCAAAGAUUAAGGCAGGCUAUGAAGUCAUCACAGUCCAACCUUACAUUCCAAACCAGAUGAGUUCCUACAAGUGUCAACAUUAUAAUAAAACACGUAUCCUGUCGAAACAUGGCCAAAUGUGUUACUCUUGGCAAAGAUGCUCACGAAGGUAGCAAUUUCCUCCUCCUCUCUGCUGUAUCAAUUGUAAUCCCAUGAAUUUCCCAUGUGUCUUAACGAGUGAGCCAUAUAGGAGAUCUGAGUGAAUGACAUCAAACUCCACUUUGUCACUCACAGUUGUUAGCUAGUCAAAAUCUGUGAAUUUUAUGAUUCGCAUUUACAGUACCGUUUUUGCUAUGCUAUGCAUAAUGGAGGAUAUGCCCACCCAGACUUGCGACCACAAUUUCAGUAUUGCAGUAGUGAAGUCACCCAGGUCACAGUAGCAUCCCCAUCUCCUCCUACAGUUGUGCAACAAGCCAUCUGAUCUUUGCCCUGGUGGUGAAAUAACCUGUUAGACAACUGUCAAUCUGAAAGGACAAAAGCAAUACUCCCGCAAAGACUUUGUACAGCUAAAAAACAUAUUUAUCUGGCAACCAGAAAGUUCUAAGAAAUCAUACAAAAACAAACAGUCUUCACCUUCCUUGACUAGGAGAUCCUCUUCAGUGGUGUUGGCAUAUAUACACUCACCUGCCUGACCUCCAUUUUGCUGGUGCCCACUGCCUACCAGUUUUCUGCCAUGGAAUUCACAGGAUGGCUCAGGGAGAAUGCCAAUAUGUUUGUAGAUCUCAUGGAACAGGAUUCUCCAGCCUCUGCCCCUGUAGCAGUGAAUUUUUGAAGACGGGCACUCAGCAGAUACCAAGGUGACUAACCUUCAUUUGUUCCCUCCUCCCCAAUCUCCAUUAUGACUUCUCCAAUGGAACAUUUGUGGCAUUAGAUUGAGCCAACAGGAAUUAAAGCUGUUCUUGGAAUUGCAGUGUCAGUUUUUUUCUGCUUCCAAGAAUAAAAAUUGUCCUCACAACCCCUUUGACCUGUCAUGUUUCUUCUGGUUCACUUUCACCUUUCCCCCACAGACAGCAUUCCACCUCAUGGGGGAGCCAUGUUGGUCAUCAAUAUCAUCGAACACUUGACUGCUAGCUACGGCAGUCUGCACUUUUGUUCCUCAUUUCACCUUUUCUCUUUUGUAACAUCUACACUCCUCCGUGAUUUGCUGUUACCAAGUUGGACUUGGUCCAGCUCAUUGGUCAGCUCCCUCACUCCUUUUUGCUGCUUAGUUAGUUUAAUGCCCACCAUCUGCUUUGGGGCUCUAGGAGAACCUGUCAAAGAGGUUUCGUCUUAGCUGACGUCCUGAAUACUCUCUCAUACCAGUGAAACAGCCAUGUUCCUUUCAGAUUCCAUGCACAUUUAUUACCAUUUAGACCUCUUGUUCUGCACUGUCCAGCUUGCCCGUCAUCUCGAAUGGCCCAUUCCCUCUGACACAUACUCAAAUGAUCAAUUUCUGUGUGCUGUCUAUUCAGAUUCUUACCCCACCUGAGUGCAGAGCCAAUUAGCAGUUUUCUAAGGCUGACUGGAGGCCUUACUCAUCCCCCUUUACACAGCUGUGAUGACCAGGUAAAGUAUCUUCCAAAACUUAUCCUUACUGCUGCAGAAUGGUCCAUGCCAUGUACUUCAAGUUGACUGUAGCAUGUCCUGGUCCCUGGUAGACUGAGGCAUGCAGCGACGUGUUUCACUGAAGCACAUCCUAUGAUGGUGAGUUAUAUUAAUUAUGAAGAGAGGUGUGUGCAGUGUUGUCACAUGUUUUGGGAUACUAAAAAACCUACCUGGAUGUCGUUUAUUAGGUAUUUUAAGUUUCACUCCCUCUUCUGUUGUGUGGAGAAACAUUCAUCGGCUCUCUGGGACCAAACUUGAUUCCCCAAUUCCUGGUAUGACCAUGAUGUCAACUCCCAUGAUAUCUCCAACACCUCGGACAGCUAUUUUAAAGAGAUUUCAAGCCCCACCAACUAUAACGGUGCCUUCCUCCCAUGUGUAGAGGACAAGGGAGUUAUUUUUAGGAAAUACGGUGCGAAAUUUUGAUUUAGUUUGUUUCAGUGCACGACGCGCCAGCCUCACAGCAAACGAUGGAUGAAGGCUGGCCAAUGCGUUAUGCAGGUGACGCAGUUUUGAAAUGAGUGUUGGUAUGUGUGUACGUGUGCAGCAGCCAUCGGAACGCAGCAUUAGCAGAAUUAUGCAGGUGUGGGCUGUGUGUGGCACGGUUGCGUUAGCCAACUCAUCGAGAACCUUCUAAUAAACACGCCGCUGUGUAACUGGCGAAUUCAGCGGCGGCCUGCACUAUUUAAGGUCAUCAGAGGUGGGCGCUGGCAUUCGGUUCGACUGAUUGGGCAUUCGGUUGCUGUCGCUAGCCGCCGCGUCUGCAGUGGGGUGAGCUGGGCCGGGCCUCAUGCCGCUGACCUCCUACCGCCUGCACAGCUGCCGACAGUGUGGCAUCGCGUUCCCCGGACUGCGUGCAUCAGCACGUCUCUACCACGACACGAGCGGUGGGGCUGAGUUACCAGAAAAUGUAUUGGAAGAACCAACAAUAAAUAGGAAGAUUGCUAAAAACAGCCACCUUCUUCUGCCCAGCCAUGUCCUACAACCCUGACCACAUCACCCGCUCCGAUCGUCCUAUUACAAGUGGUGUUAGUCGGGCAACCUGUGCAUCACACACUCCUGUUAGAAUUGGUGACACUAGUGGUCUUCUCCUUGGACUUUGAGGAAAUUGUGGCUGGUAAUCGACGAGGAUAUGUGGCACCUGAGAAGGGCAACAAUGGAUCAGCAACUCCUGCAACAUGAUAAAAGGCGUGACGUUCUGGUAAGACCAGCAGUUCCAGCGUCAUGGGUUGCGCUGAAGAGGGAAGAAGGAAGAUUGACUCAGAGUACUGGUGGGAGCUGUGGCAUAUUAUGUGAGGAAACUUAUCACCAUGGGCUAGUCAAGGAUAAGUUGGUGAUAGACAUGAAGACGUCAACACACGAGUUGGGUCCCAAUACAGAAGAUGUGAUUAUUGACAAGGAGUGCUCAGAUGCUACCCGAUAUGACUGUAGUACAAGCGAAAAGGAAUUUCAUGAAUAUAGCUGUAAUUUCUGCCUACAAAGCUUUCCUUCCAAAUACAGACUCAUAAUGCAUGUGUUUAUGCACAUUGGUGGUACGCAACCACCUUUGUAUGUUUGUAAGUGGUGCGGUGAGGUAUUUCACAGUAAUGUUAGUUUGAAAAAACAUUUGAGAAUGAGUGACAAUUCUGUCUUACCUGCUAGCAACCAUGAAAAAUAUGGCGAUAGUGAUCAUCAUCAAAGCAGUAUCUUCUUGGAUAGUGAGCGAGAAGUUUCUGUUACAGAACACAAUGAGCAGUCUUCAUGUAAGGAAACUUCGAAAUCUUCAAAGAAGUCCUCUAAUGACAGGCGUUACACACACAUGAGAAAUGAUAUGGAGAAAUCAAAUGAUUAUGGAGCUUCAUCUAGAGCUGUUAAUGUCACUCCCCAGGAUGAUGUACUUACUGCAAACAGAACCCACAAAUGUGAUAUUUGUGGCAAAUUGUUUGCUAGGUCAUGUCAUCUGAAGACUCACUUCUUAAUUCACACUGGAGAGAAACCUCACAAAUGUGAUAUUUGUGGCAAAUUGUUUGGUAGGUCAUGUAAUCUUAAGACUCACUUAUUAAUUCACACUGGAAAGAAACCUCACAAAUGUGAAAUGUGUGGGAAAUAUUUCACUACUUUAGGUGAGCUCAAGAAACACACAUUAAUUCACACUGGAGAGAAACCUCACAAAUGUGAUAUUUGUGGCAAAUUGUUUGCUAGGUCAUGUUAUCUGAAGACUCACUUAUUAAUUCACACUGGAAAGAAACCUCACAAAUGUGACAUCUGUGGGAAAUCUUUUACUACGUCAAGCAAUCUCAAGGCACAUGCUUUCAUUCACACUGGAAAGAAACCUCACAAAUGCGAGAUUUGUGGGAAAUGUUUUACUAUGUUAGGCUAUCUUAAUAGACACACAUUCUUCCACACUGGAAAGAAACCUCACAAAUGUGAGAUUUGUGGGAAAUCUUUUGCUAUAUCAGGUGAUCUCAAGAAACACACAUUAAUUCACACUGGACAGAAAGCACACAAAUGUGACAUCUGUGGGAAAUCUUUUACUACGUCAAGCAGUCUCAAGGAACAUUCUUUCAUUCACACUGGAAAUAAACCUCACAAAUGCGAGAUUUGUGGGAAAUGUUUUACUAUGUUAGGCUAUCUUAAGAAACAUACAUUCUUCCACACUGGAAAGAAACCUCACAAAUGUGAGAUUUGUGGGAAAUCUUUUGGUAUGUUAGGCAGUCUCAGUAGGCAUGUAUUAAUUCACACUGGAAGAAAGCCUCAUAAAUGUGUAAUCUGUGACAGAAGUUUCACUCAAUUGAGUACGCUCAAGAAACAUGCAUUACUCCACUUGAGAAAGGAACAAGUAGGUGUUAGUUUAAGCAAAUAGGUAUCCCUGGUUGGUGCUCUCAAGGCCUGUAAAAUAAUGGAUGUAGCAGGGAGACAAUAAAUGGUAAUGGCUGUGAAAUAACAGUAUAAUGUGGUAGAAUUGUGAAAAAAUGUGUAAUUAUGUCUACUUUAGAGCGGUAGCAGAUAAAAUGGCAAUAUAAAAAUCCGUAUCUGCAGCUUGAAAUGUCAAGAAAUUGUAUUGCUAAAUAUGCCUCAAACGUGAAUCAAAUAUGUUUGUCAUUAACACUGCUAUUUUUUCCUAUCGAUCUUGAGACAAGAGGAUUCUGCAUUGUGAUAAAUCCUUACCUUCGUCAGUAAUUAUAAGUAGCAUGCAAUAUUCAGUAUAAGGCCAAGGAAAUGUCAUGACUUUCUGAUUAUUAUCCCUAACAUAGUCAUCAUGUAUUACUUGUAACUCUGCAUUUUAGAAACAAUGUUAGCAAUUGGGUACCCAUAUAUUAUGGCAGUUCCUUCACUCAGACUACUAAACUCAACACUGGAGAAACAUGAUUAUGGCAAUUAUUUUACUCAGGUAUGUUUUUUCAAGAGAUUUGCUCUGUGUGUCAUUAAUAGUGUAUAUAUUUGUUCUGUUAGUACUAAUCCUGCAUUAGUAAAAGUAACAACAAAUACAACAACCUGCUUAAUAGCAUGAAUGUCCACGUUUGGAACACAAUGCGUAGACAGUUCUACAUGAUAGGGACUUGACAAGUUGUUUACAUGUUUCUGGAAGUAUGUUGCACCAGAUGUUUUAUUAAAUCUUAUUUCAUGUA